AUGGCAGCCUCCCCAUCCCCAGGAGAUAGUCCCUUAAAUAAAGGGAACGUACCCUUUGAGGUGCAUCCACGAGCUGAUGCCAUUCGUUCCAAGUUGAUCUAUAUCUUCUACCUGAUUGACCACCUGCGGGGACUGAGCCAUGCCGUCCCAAGGCACAACAUACAGGAUUUCCUGGACAAGAAGAAACUUAGGAAGCUGAUGCUCACAGACCACCACCAGCUGGUCCGCUUCAAUAUUGCCCCCUCUCGGAAAGUGAUGGUCUCCCAAGAGAAACGCUGGCGCAACCGUAUCGAGGUGCGUUGCAGCCACUGGCCCCCCCUGACCAUGUGGGCAUCUUCCAUCCUGAACAGCAAUUUUUUCAAAGGUUUCAUCAUCUUCCUCAUCUUCCUGAACAUGCUGGUCCUCAUGAUCUCAACAGAGAUAGUAGAAAUGACGGGUCAAACGAUGGUGAACAUGAAAAUAGCAGUGGAGGUGGUCAUCUGGGUCAUUGUCUUCAUCUUUAUGGCUGAGAUUGGGCUACAUUGGAUCGUUAGCUUUUGGCGCUACUGGAAUAACCCCUGGAACAUCUUUGACUUCACCGUCACCCUCGUUUCCUUUAUCCCAGAACUGAUCUAUCUCUCAGACAAGAGCCACAGCGUGGCCGCUGUCCGACUGCUCCAGGUUUGCCGUGUGUUGCGCUGCUUAAAGCUCUUCUCCAGAGUCCGGCAAGUCCGGGUUCUCAUCAUGGCCAUCGCCAAAGCCCUGAAGGCCAUGGCCUUCAUCCUUGUGCUCCUCCUCUUCUUCCUCUACGUCUUUGCUGUCUCUGGCAUUUUCUUCUUUGAGAGUUACAGCCGCUCCGAUCGGGAUGACCUGACGUUCAACAUGUACUUCACGGACAUGCCAAAUUCUUUGGUGACUGUCUUCAUACUCUUCACCAUGGACCAUUGGUAUGCUCUGCUGCAGGACACCUGGAAGGUCCCAGAGAUCAACAAGGUCAUCAGUGGCUUGUUUGUAUGUUUGUGGCUUCUCAUUGGGGCCUUCAUUUUCAGGAACCUCUUUGUCGCCAUCAUGGUCACUAAUUUCCAGAACAUUCGGAGUGACCUAAGUGAGGAAGUGCAUCAGAUUGAGACGCAGAAACAAGCAGACAAAUUUAAGAUGGAGCUGCUGGAAAGGAGAUACAGCACAGCCCAGGCUCAUUUUGAUCGGUUGAGCACUGCACCAGAAAGACAGAGCACAGAGACAACCUCCGUUGUUCCAUUCACAGAGUAUCCGGAGUACAGCUCCCAUGAAUUCCACACUGGGAUCUUGGACUGGGAGACCUACAUCUACAAGAAUCUACCAGGCCUGUAUGAGGCUGAUGAGGAUGAGCAGGUUGUUUGGCCUCGCGAUUCCCUCUUUCGCUACUUUGAGCUCCUGGAGAAGCUGCAGUACAACCUGGAUGAGCGCAAGCAACUCCAGCAGUAUGCCGUGUUGGCUCUGUCAAACUUGGAGGAUAAGUAG